CCGUUCUUUCCUUUGAAACGGAACUGAAUGCAAACAGGAGUUUUCGGCUCUUUCCGCUGCGACACCGGAAACCUCCGCUCAUUCUUCGAAGCGACUUCCUGUUGUGACUGCAGCUCGGACCUUCGUCAGAAAAGCGUCAACAAACGGGACCGUGCAGGUGAACCGGGUUCUGAACCAACCGGAGGAACAUGGACGAGCCGUUGGCCGCCAGCCCCUGUUCGUCCGACCCGGACAGUCCCGGGGGUCUGAACCGAGGCUGCCUGCUGGACCCGGCGGACCUGCUGUACCGAGACCUGUCCGUCAUCGUCCCGGAGACCCCCAGCCCUCAGCUCGGCAAGCGGAGGAGACGUGGACGAAUCACAGAGCAGCGUUUCAUCCCCGUGGCGGUUGGUGUCUCGUCUGAACUUCCUCCUGAUGAACGAUGUUUCUCGUCCAAACGUCGUCGUCUGUCGGAUCAGAGCGUCGACUUUGUUCCUGCUUCCUCUCUGAGGGCGUUUCCUCUGGACACCUGGCUGCAGGCGCCGCUGUCCACUACAUCCUGUUUCUCUUCCUCUUCCUCCUCUUCUUCUUCCUCUUCCUACCUCACUCCGGUGUCAGCGCAGGAAGCUGCAGAGUCUUUGACAGUGUCCGGCUCCACAGGAGGAGACAGUCCUGCCUCUGUGAGGGAGACGAGGCAAAGUCUGACCACGGCUUCAUCUUCGCUGCCGCCCGACUCCGAGUCUCUGUCCUUCCUGACGGUGGAGGAGAGGAGGUGGCUGAACGGGGCUCGAGGAAACACUUCAGCAGCAGCGGCGCCGGAGGAGAUCGUCAUCAGUGACGAUGAGGAGGCCGUGGUUCGAGCGGCACAGGAGGAGGAAGACGAGGCAAUGGCCCGAAGUCUGCAGGCUCAGUUCGACCGAGAGGAAACGACCAGCAGGCCGCAGCACGACCACCACCACCUUCAUCAUCUUCAUCAUCUUCAUCAUCACAACCACCACAGGUAUCAUUCCCACGUGGAGCACAGCUGGAUGUCACAUUUUCUGGCUGCAGUGUCUCCUCCCACCGGCUUCCAGGACGAUCUGAUUGGUCAACACAGAGGGCGUGUGCGUAGCAGGAGGAGGAACGCCACGCCCGACCUGUCAGACCACCAGGGGAACGACUACGAGGCUCUCCUGGCGUUCGAGGAGCGUCAAGGUUCCGUCGUGUCCAACAAGUUGACUCGGAGGGAGAUCCAGAGGUUUCCCACCAAAACCUUCCAGUCGUCCACCAGCGCCGGGAAAACCCAGUGUCAGAUCUGUUUCUGCGACUACGCCGCCGGGGAGAAGCUGAGGAUGCUGCCGUGUUUCCAUGACUACCACGUCCAGUGUAUCGACCGCUGGUUAAAGGACAACGCCACCUGUCCCAUCUGCAGAGCCAACCUGGCAGACGGCGACGCCCUCGCCCCCCCGACCCUCUGACCUCCGACCUCCUGGCGGGUCCGUGGUCACUUCCUGCCUGUGAGGAGUUUUACUGUAGUUUGUAUCUGAUGAACGUCGACUCGUCAACUCGUCUUUUUGUUUUUAAAUACUUUUAUUUGAAUGUUUUGUGAAUCGACUGGAAUAAAAACCGUAAAACCUCGAAGCCUGGAAAUAAAAUUGAACCUCUUCUUCCUGUGACAACGAAGAGUUUCGUCUCUUCACGGCUCUGAACUCCCUCAGGUGGUAAAGCGCCUCCAGCUUCGGGACACAAACUCCCCGCGAGCAAUCAGCUGAAGGAUCCGCUCCGGGUCAUCGGCGAACGCCUCUUGGAGUCACUCCCUGAAGUAGUCUGGUCCUGUGGGGUCGGUCCCGGCCCGGAUGGAAGAGCUGAGGGAGGAGGAAAGUUCUGGAUGUUUAAUUUAACACUCAUUUCUUGAUUUAUUGUUUUUUUGUCUUGAAAAAUUAAAAAAAUGAACUCAGA